GAGUGUGUGAAGUGUCCAGUUGGAGACAUUUUUCCCACAGUCAACUGCGCUCCAGGCCUGAGAAGAAUGUAGUUCUUCCAGCUGCUGGUUGGGCUGGUUGCUGAUGCAUGUGGUGGAAAGAUCGUUGGUCGAUUUGCGCUUCUGGUUACGCGAUUUUUCGUCUUUCGACCCGCACGAUUUUCGGGCCAUUAGCGAAUGUGAAGAAAGGGGAGCAUUGCUGGUGUGUGUUACCUACGUUGGUACCUUGCUGUGAAAGGAGUCACCAAUUAAAUAGUUGAAAUAGUGAUUUUAUGUAACUUUAUGUAUCUUCAGUAAUAAAAAGAAAUCAAUUUGAAUAAUUUGAAAUGUGGCGAAAAUUGGGUUUCUGCAUGGGAAAUUAGUGCAUGCCGUGAACAAAACCAUACCGACUCUCGUCUACCUUUCGUCGCUGGUUCCCUCGAGUUUCUUCUUUUUGGGGCCAUCGCGCGCCCGAAAAGUAGGAAAGUUUCACCUAUUAGCGGAAUUUCGGAAGCGGGAGAAGCGGCAGCAGAGAAAGAGCUGAAUCGAGGCAGCAUACAAGUGAAGGCGAGGAACAACACCGCAAAAACAUGUCAUCAACGGAGCUUUACGUGAAGGACGCUCGCGUCUGGAUCCCACACACAGAAAAUGUCUGGCAGGGUGCGGUGGUGCUUUGCGAUUACAAAGAAGGCGACAGAACGUUGGAGCUGAUCACAGACCGUAAGGAGAAGCACACGGUGCAGCUCAAAUCACCCAGCGAUUUUCCCCAUCUGCGUAACCCAGCCAUCCUCAUCGGACAGAAUGAUCUCACGGCGCUGUCCUAUCUGCACGAACCGGAUGUCCUGUACAAUCUGGAAGUUCGCUUCUGCGAUCGUCAUAACAUCUAUACCUACUGCGGUAUCGUCCUGGUGGCGAUCAACCCGUAUGCGGAACUCCCGCUUUACGGGGCGGAUCUCAUACGGGCCUAUCGGGGACACUCGAUGGGCGAACUGGAACCACAUAUAUUUGCCGUGGCGGAAGAAGCUUACGCUAAGCUCGAGCGAGAAAAGUGUGAUAUUAGUAUUAUUGUUAGUGGUGAGUCUGGGGCGGGAAAGACCGUAUCGGCUAAGUAUGCUAUGCGAUACUUUGCCGCGGUCGGCGGUAGUGAAUCGGAAACGCAAAUCGAGAAGAAAGUGUUGGCUAGCAGUCCGAUCAUGGAAGCGAUUGGGAAUGCAAAAACUACGCGGAAUGACAACAGCUCUCGGUUCGGAAAGUUUACCAAAUUGUUGUUUACGAACAACCUCUCGAUGAUGUCGCUAACCGGUGGGACGAUGCAAACGUAUCUACUAGAAAAGUCGCGAGUUGUGUUUCAGGCUCCUGGUGAGCGAAACUAUCACAUAUUCUAUCAGUUGUGCGCGGCGCGGCAGCAGUGGCCCGAACUGAUGCUGGAUCAUCAGGAUAAGUUCCACUUUUUGAAUCAGGGUCGGUCGCCGGAUAUUGCGCGAGUGUCAGAUGAGGAUCAGUUCCGGGAAACGAUAAAUGCGUUCAAAAUAUUAGGGUUCGAUGAUGGGGAGAUCAACGGUAUCAUGAAAGUGUUAGCUGCAGUACUGCAUUUAGGUAACGUCGAGUUUACGCAUAAAUACAAGAAACAAUCGCAGGAAGUGGACCAGGAGGCGUGCAGCGUGGCGUCCGACGAUCUGCACGUGAAUAUAUUCAGCGACAUCCUAAAGCUGGACAGGGACGAACUGCGAAAAUGGCUCAUCACCCGUCAAAUCGAGUCCAUCAACGAAUCCGUGUUGAUUCCUCAGAGUAAGGCCCAGUCCGAAGCAGCCCGAGAUGCUCUUGCCAAACACAUCUACGCGGAGAUGUUUCAGUACAUCGUUCAAAAAAUCAACCGUAAUCUGGCGGGUGGUAAAAAGCAGAACUGCUUUAUCGGCGUACUGGACAUCUAUGGUUUCGAAACGUUCGACGUGAACUCGUUCGAACAGUUCUGCAUAAAUUACGCAAACGAGAAGCUACAGCAGCAGUUCAAUCAGCAUGUCUUCAAGCUAGAACAGGAACAGUACCUGAAAGAGGGAAUCGAGUGGAAGAUGAUCGAUUUCUAUGACAAUCAACCGUGUAUCGAUCUGAUCGAGGCCAAGCUGGGCAUCCUGGACCUGCUAGACGAGGAAUGCCGGAUGCCUCGGGGGUCUGACGAGUCCUGGGUGGGGAAACUACUGGAGAAGUGCGGCAAAUACAAGCACUUCGACAAGCCUCGGUUUGGGACGAGUGCAUUUUUGAUAAAGCAUUUUUCGGACACGGUCCAGUACGAAUCGCAUGGGUUUCUGGAGAAGAAUCGGGACACAGUCUCGAAGGAGCUAGUGAAUGUGCUGCGGCUGUCGAGUAUGAAGUUGUGCCAUAAGCUGAUGACCGCGGCGGAAGAAUCGCCACAACCGGAUGCUGGAGAUACGGGGAAGUCCGGCGUGAAGCUGGUGAUAAGUGCCGCCAAGAGUCAGGUAGUUGAUAAGAAACGAAAGCCAAUGACCCAGAAGCAACAGAGGAAAACAGUCGGUUCGCAAUUCCGGGAGAGUUUGACGCUACUUAUUACAACACUUCACAACACGACGCCACAUUACGUCCGAUGUAUUAAGCCAAACGAUGAUAAGGCCGCUUUUCGAUGGGAAGCUCCAAAAAUCGUGCAACAGCUGAGGGCGUGCGGGGUUCUCGAAACAGUUCGCAUUUCGGCGGCCGGUUUCCCAUCCCGGUGGACGUACGAGGAUUUCUACGACCGCUAUCGGUUGCUCUGCAAACGCGUCCAAAUCGUAGACUGGAACGUUAAGGCCACGUGUGGCAACAUUGUACGCAACUGGCUGACCGACACGGACAAAUAUCGACUAGGCAACACGCAAAUCUUCUUCCGUGCCGGUCAGGUCGCUUAUCUGGAACAGUUGCGUAGCGAUCUGCGCAAGAAGCACAUCAUCAAGGUACAGUCGCUGAUAAGAAGAUUUAUUUGUCGGAACAAAUAUCUCCGACUGAAGCGCACUGCACUGGGGUUGCAGCGACACGCCAGAGGCAUGUUGGCUAGAAAGAGGGCGGAUGAUCUUCGAAAGAAUCGAGCGGCUAUCACUAUCCAACGCUAUGUUCGCGGCUGGUUGCAGCGCACUAAGUAUCAACGAAUCCGUAGAACGGUACGUGGACUGCAGACCUAUAUUCGUGGAAUGCUAGCACGGCGGAAGUUCAAGCUGUUGCUGGACAACUACAAGGCUACUCAGAUUCAGCGAUUCUGCCGAGGAUAUUUGGCACGCCAACGAACCAAACAGCGGCUGGCUGGUAUAAUCAAGUGCCAAGCAACGAUACGCCGAUUCUUGGCUCGUCGUAUGUUCAAACGCAUGAAGGCAGAAGCCCGUACUAUAUCCCACAUUCAAAAAAUGUACAAAGGUCUGGAAAAUAAGAUUAUCGAACUUCAACAACGUUACGAUCAGAUUUCGAAGGAGAAUUCCGCUUUGAAGAAGCAGAAUGCCGACAUACCGGAAAUGCGUCAGAAAAUGGUUGCUAUGAAGCGACAAGAAAACGACCUGAAGGCGUUGAAACUACAGUUGGAACAAAAGGACGAAAAGCUACUUGUGGUGAUCAAACAGUUGGAGAACGAACGCGAUGAGAAGAUGAUCUUGCUGGAAGAGAAACAGAAGGAAGAGGAAGACCGAAUAAAAGAACGGGCGGCUAUGGAACAAGACCUCACUAAAAUGCGUGAGCAGGUCAAUGAGAUCAACGACGUCACGAAACUGGAACGAGAUCGACUGCUUUCGCAAGCUGACUCCAAAGAGAUUCAUGUGGCUUAUCAACGGAUGGUCGUAGAUAAGCAUCAGCUAGAAAACGAGAACAGUAAUUUGCGGAACGAAGUACGUCGGUUACAGCACAUCAUCAGCAAUUCGCACGAGCUGAAAACCCACUCCCGGUCGGUGAGCAACGCCUCCAGUACCAACGAAGAAGACUAUGGUUACAAUUCGGGUAAAAAUACGCUGGAGAUUCGACGAUCGCCACAAUCAUGCGAAGGUGAAAUUAAUAACAAUUUGAAACGAAAUAACAGCAAUGUUAGUACGAGUGGUCCCAGUGUCGUGCUUUCUCCCAUAUUAGGAAGGUUACCUUCGGUAGUUGCCCCAGUUAGCAACGGUCCUGUAUCCAUUGGUAGUCCGCCCGUAUCAAUGGGUAAUGUUUCUAGUCAAAGUAGUAUAAGUGAGGUGCCUCUACGAACGCUUCCAAAAGAUAAUUCGCUAGACUUCGAGCGGUUGUUAAAUAAGACUCCAUUGGAGUCGUUCAGUCUGCUGCAAGAUCAUUCUACACCCAACACAACGGAAUCACCGGAAAAAGAUCAAACAGCCAUAAUCCUAAAGAUGCGUAAGCUCUUCGAGGAAGAGAAAUCCAAAAGCGAUCAACUUCGCAAAGAGAUUGCUCGAUUCCGCAAGAGUGCGUCCUUCAGCACGGAGGACUCAAUCCGCGCCUCGGAACUGGAGGUGGAAAUUGAAAAACUACGCCAAGACUACAACCUGCUGAGAAACAGCAUCAAACGCGGUGUCGAAGACCGUGAACUAGAGGCACAACAUAUCGCCCUGCAGCAGGAGCUGCAACGGCGACGAGACGAGUGUAUUUCGCUGAAGGCCGUCCUGGCACAGCAGAGCCAUUCGUUGAGGACACUGGGACAGUCGCAAGUCAAUCCGAAUGGCGACUCGAGCUUACGGAUUCACGAUGAUACCGAGCUUAUGGAAGCAUUCCAAGCGCAGAAGCUGGUAAACAGGCAGCUGGAAUCGGAACUACGUGCGAUGAUGGAUGCAAGCAAUGAAACCCUGAUCGAGAACAGUAAGGUAAUUGAAGCACUCCGAAAGGAGGUUCAAGAAUUGCAGACGAUCAUGCAAGACGGACUCGAUAACGUGAAUGACGAUAAUCUGGAAACAUUACGGAAAAGUGAUCAGUACUUGAGGCAUGAGCUGAGAAAAUCUACAGCUGCUUACGUGGAAUUGCAGGAACAGAUGAACGAAUUGCUGGCAAGGAACCAUGAACUUUCGAAGAAGAUCACCAUUCUAUCGAAUCGGUUACGAGAUAAUGGACUGAACGAUUCUAUCUUAAUGAACGAAGAGUUCCAGUCGAUGGUUAUUGUAAAGAAGAAAACACAGUCGUAUCAAGCCAUACUGAAAUAUCGGCACGAGGAUGAGAACAAGAUCAUUCAACGAUUAGUGACGGACUUAAAACCAAGAACUGCUGUGACGUUGAUGCCAAGUUUGCCGGCCUAUGUGGUGUUCAUGUGCAUAAGAUACACCGAUUCGGUUAAUACGGAUGAUCACGUGCGAUCUCUACUGACGAGGUUUUUGCAGACAAUCAAACGGUUGUACAAGCUGCCCAACGUUGUCGAAGUUCGAGUCAUGUGGCUAGUCAAUACCCUCACCCUUCACCAUCUGCUGAAACAAUUCGGUGGCUAUGCGGAUUACAUGAAGUACAACACCGAGGAGCAGAAUCAGCAGCAGCUGAAGAACUUCGACCUGUCCGAGUACCGGCAAGUGAUCUACGAGUUGAUCAUCCUGAUGCAUGGCGUUCUGCUGCGACAGGUACAGGAAUCGAUCAAGAAGUUUAUCGUACCUGCCAUCCUGGACCACGAUGAAACGGCCCGGGGCAAGAAUCGAGGUCGGACGAUGUCGCUGGAUACGUCGCCGGAGCAGAGUCGGGAACCGAAGUCUUUGGUACAGCAGUUGGACAUUUUCUACAAACAUUUGAUCAGUUUCGGCAUGGAGAGUCAGUACAUCGAGCAGAUUUGCAAACAGCUCAUGUAUUACAUCUGCGCUGUGGCCGUCAACAAUCUCAUGCUGCGAGGUGAUCUGUGCAUGUGGAAAACUGGUAUGAAGAUCCGCUACAACGUCGGCUGUUUGGAGGGUUGGGUCGAGAAGACGUACAUGGACCGGGAGGUGAUCAAACCGUUGGACCCGCUGAUCCAAAUUUCCCGAAUCCUUCAAGCCCGCAAAUCCGAGGAAGAUGUUUCCACACUAUUGGAGCUUAGCACGUGUUUGACGACGGCGCAAAUAUUGAAGAUCAUUAAAUCGUACACCGCGGAUGAUUGCGAGCAGGAAAUUAAGCCAGUCUUCAUCGAGAAGCUGGCGAAGCAAUUGAAUGAAUCACAGGAACGGUCAAGUCAGAACGAAACAGAUACCUACAUGAUGGACGAAGAGAUCGUCAGUCCCCUUGUUGUGGUGUACAAAUAUAGUGAGGUUAACCUCAAAGAGAUCGAUAUUCCCCAAGAACUGAACCUGGAAGGCUUGGUCACCAAGAUCUAAAGUAAAAACAAGGGCGAGUCAUUAUGGUGGGUUAUCAACUAUUUUAAAUAGAAAAAUUGACACAUUUACAGAAAAAAUAGAUAAAUUAUAUGAUAGCCCACAUGGCCUAUAAUAGACCAAGAACAAAUAUUUCAAUACAAGCGUUGUUAUGUAAUUCAAACAAGAGUUUAUCUGUGGAGUAAAAGCCAGAAAAGACAGAGAGGUAUAUUUACACUUGUUCGUUCAUUCGUUUGAUAACAGCUCGCUGAAAUAUGAAAUAUUUUCCAUAUAUGAUAGACUUGAGUUACUUAUGUGGAUUUACAAAUUGCAACACUGAUUGGCCUUCUUCAUGACGGUUCGUUCGAUCAACAAAACAACGUGUUCUGCCUUCAAGUUAUUGAAACCAUUCAAGUGCAUUUACAAACUGUUGUCUGGUGUGAACCCAAAUCUCCACAUAUUUCCUGCGUAUUCGUUCCAUAGGUUGUUAUUCAUUGUUUUCUAUUUCUAUUAUGCCAACCGUGAAAUUUAAGUUAUGCAAUUGUUAUUUAUUACAGCGGGAAUAAGCAAGUCUGAAGUAGGAAAGUGAGAGCAAUGCGAUUGUACUGUAUUUAUAUUUGAAACUAAUACGAAACACGCAAACACUUAUGUAGUGGAUAUAAAAAAAAUACACAUUUAACAGUGUAGUAAAUCGAACCAAGAUAGUAAAAUAACUAUAUCUAGUUACUGUAACGAGAAACUAAAGUACAUAUUAUCCAUUAGACAAAUUACAUUUAAUAAUAAUUAAAUUUAAUUGAUUCACCUGUUAAAGCAAGUAUUCCUUCCUGUUACAGCAUUUAUCGUGAUAUAGAUGAAUCGAUCAUGUAUAUUUAUGUACUUACAUCAAGUGAGUGUUAAGAUAUGCGCUCAACAGUUAAUAAAUAAUAGAUGACCUAAAGAGCAGGUUCGCCAAA